AUGCCAUCACAGCGUAAAGCUAAGACGCCUCCGAAAUUCAUGCUGUCAGCUCUUGAUGCAAGAGAGAAGCUGGACUAUGGAGCACUCAUCCAGGAGCUGGGUGGAGAGUAUAUUGAAGUCGAGUACUAUACCAACGCCUGUACACAUCUGAUAAUAGGCAAGGCCAGUCGCACGGAGAAGUUUCUGGGUGCGUGUGCCGCGGGGAAGUGGGUCCUUCACAAGUCUUACAUGGAGGCAUGUCGAGCAGAGCGUAGGUUCAUAGAGGAGGAAGGCUACGAGUGGGGAGUUAACACCAAAGAGAGUGGGCUGCAGCCACUGGACUCUGCCCCACGAAGGUGGAGAGUCGCACUUGACUCAGCAGAGAACGGUAGUUCAUUCACACAUCACUCCUCGGUAUUGCUGUAUUGUGAGAGGAGCAAGACGGCAGGUCUGAGGAGACUGCUAGAGGCUGGAGGUGCCACGGUCUUCACCAACACCGCCAAGCUUUCAGAGGGAGAGCUCAGACAAGUGUCACAUGCGUUCGUCAGCAAUGCGUUCAUCGGCAACAGCCACUGGCCCAAGGACUCAUUGUCAUUAGAGGAGUUAGUGCAGUCCGGAGUGGCCUGCUUGAAGCCCGAGUACAUUGCAGAGUACCUAUCUAAAGGAGACGAAGUGCCACUAGAGUUAUAUUUCGUGAAGGAAGCAAAACAACUGGAAAAGAGAUCGUAGCAUUCGUAGGUAUACCAUAGUCUAGAACCACCCUGCAAACUUUCAUGUUGUACAAAGUGGCAUUCCGUAUGAAUAUUUUUAUCUUUGUUCGUUUUAUCAGGCCGC